AUGAAUACGUUCAUUGGAUUCUCAACUCCACUCGAUCGUGGAAUUCCUGUUCCUCAAUAUUUUCAGACUGACUCGUAUGAGCAAUUGAAAGUGUGGUUCGAGAACGAAGAUAAAUCGAGUCUUUUAAAUGUUCAUAUGUUGGAGCUGCUUACAACAUCAAAAUCUUCUUCAUCUUCAUUUCUUUUAGGAGCUUAUGGAAUUACUAGCGAAUUCAACUCAAUUGAUGUUCUUCGUCGGUGGCUAUGGAUAUUUCAAUAUUGUCAGACAUCAAAUAUUCGAAUUCUUGCUUUUUCCACGGACUGUGAUCCUAAAUAUUUACGUGCAAUGCGGCUCAUUACCGGAUUUUUCGCUAAAUUGCCUAAUAUACCGAUAAGCGAACGUGAUGAUGCACUUGAACUAAAGUUACCGAAGGGAUGGUCAUCAUGGUUUUACAUGCGAACACGUCAAUUAGCUUUUUGCUUUCAAGAUCCAGUACAUCUCUGUACCAAAAUGCGUAAUCGUCUUCUUUCUCAAUCGGCCUCAAUGAUGAUUGGCAAUGGAGAAAUAUCGGUAAGUAUACUAUUUGAUUUAAUUAACCAUCAAUCAAAAUUAAUUCACGGAUUAGUAAAAACAGAUGUUCAUCCAAAAGAUAAACAAAAUUUCGGCUCAUGUGUUAAGAUCUCGAGUGAUGAUGUUUUAUCUGCUCUUGAUGAUGUUUCUGGCUCGUAUGCCAUACAAGUUUAUUUAAGACUGUUGCGUAGUAUUAUACUAGCUUAUAUUGAAAGAAGUACAUCAACUAUCGAUCGAAUAUAUCAUAGUUGGAUUGCAGUGUUCAUUUGCCGACUUUGGUGA